UGCAAGCCUGCCUCCUCGAAGUCUGCCGCACGCAACGGCCAAAAUAUCAACCGGUAUAAGGCCCGUUGAAGCGUAUUUAACGUUUAUGCGUCCACGGGACCUAGCACUGUCAGAUCAGUAGCUCACAAUCCUUCUUGGGAUUCAUAUAAACAUACCAUAGGAUUCAACCCUUACACCAAACACAUUCCCGAGUCCUGCUACUGCUAGCUGCGACUCGUUGGCAGCGCAGCUCAUCUCAACUAAACUCGCUCUAAUAUUCUCUAAUAUCCUCUAAUAUUUUGAGGGAUCACUACCGGUUGGGAGCAAUGACAACCCCUCGAGUUUUCCUCGUUCGUCAUGGCGAGACCGAAUGGUCGUUGAGCGGCAAGCACACGGGCUUAACUGAUAUUCCAUUGACGGCCAAUGGAGAGAAGCGUGUGAAGGCAACUGGUCGAGCACUUGUAGGGGACGACCGAUUAAUUGUACCCAAACAAAUCGCGCAUAUAUAUGUGUCACCGCGAAAGCGAGCCCAGAGAACCUUUGAAUUACUCAAUCUCGGUAUUGCGGAUCCCCUGCCGUGGAAGAUUCACGGUGCAAAGCCCACUGACGCCAACCAUCCUUGCAAUGCGCGGGUCGAGGUUACAGAGGACAUCCGCGAGUGGGACUACGGCGACUACGAGGGAAUAACAAGUCCCGAGAUUCGUGAAAUUCGCGCCAAGCAGGGUUUCACCCAGAAAUGGGAUAUCUGGAGGGACGGGUGUAUCGGUGGAGAGAGCCCUGAAGACGUCACACAGCGCGUAGACCGUUUGAUCAAAGAGAUUCGGGAAAUGUGGCACACGCCCGUAAUCGGCAAACCCAAGUCAGAGGACCAAUGUGCUGGGGAUGUCCUAAUCGUAGCGCAUGGCCAUAUACUGCGUGCUUUCGCGAUGAGGUGGGUAGAAAAGGCUUUGCAGGAUGGCCCAGCAUUUUUACUAGAAGCUGGUGGUGUUGGAAUAUUGAGCUACGAACAUCACAACAUACACGAGCCCGCCAUACUAUUAGGUGGUGCCUUUGUAGUUAGCCCAUAGACAAACAGGGAGUAUAAAAGCGCCAUAAUCUACGAUAUAUACAAUAGAAUGUAAUGUCUGGGUCAAACAUUUCCCCUUAUUCUAAAAAUAUGCACACCUGUGUCAACGAAAUACUUAUCAUCUUCGAAAAGAUUAUACCCCGACAUAUCCAGAAGAUAGUAUCAAUGCUGCUUGAAUUUACACGCCAUUACACAAGUGUAUAUCUUGUGUCACGCGGCCAGAGAGCUGAGAAAUAUAGGCAUUAUGCAGAGGUAGUCCGAUGAAAGACUAUCGACUCGAAUUUUGCCUACACGAAAUCCCCCCACGACGACGACGGCCCGGCACAAUUACAAUACGUACCUGGCAAUUUUCUAUAGCAACAGGCGGAUCCAUAUAAUUCCACAAGCACCCAAAGACGACAUAUAUACCAUAGCAACGGGCCAUUUCUUCGGCCUGGGCC